AUGUGGGUGCUGUUCGCGCUCCCCACGGCCAGCGACGAGGUCGGAGGAGGGCCUUCGUCGUGGCAGUGCGUGGAAGAGAACGACUACUUCGUGCUCCAGGUGCGCCAGAAGGGCGCCCCCUCAUCUUCCUACUACUCAUCAUUAUCGCACCGGUCAUCGCGGCGGCUGGGCGAUGGCCUGGUGCGCGUGGCCACCCUCUUCUCCUCCUCGCGCAGCAAGGGAAGCACCCUGGUCGACCCCUUGCAGGGCGGCCCCAUCGAGUACCGCAUCGUGCUCAAGGCCUCCCUUGCCGACCGUGGUGGUCGUGGUGACCAGCCCGCCAAAGACGACGGGCAGCCGCCAGCAGACGAGGAGCGCGAAGAGGCCGAAAAGAAGAAGAACAAAAAGCUCUUGGAUGUAGCGGACGCCGACAUGGAGGCGGGGCACGGGCCGGUGGUGGAAGAGGCGGCAGUGGUGGAAGAGAGGCGGGAGGGGUGGGAGGCGCGUGUGGUGGCGGAGGGGCGGGAGGUGAAGGAGGCGCGGGAGGAGUGGCGGUGGCUGGAGGCCAACGUGGUGGUGGCGUGCUCCUUCUUCAACCGCAAGAGUGCGGUCGAGGAGCGGGAGCUGUUCCACUUCCUCAUGCUCAAGUUCACCGCCCUCGCCGAGGAGGCCCAGCAGCACCGCAACAAGGAGCGCGCUCUCGCCCUCCGCCGCCACCGCGACAUCGGCCUCGCCAGCCUCUUCGACGCCCGCCGCCGCCGCUCUUCUUCCUCUUCAUCGUCGUCCACCACCUCCACUUCGGCGCUGCCGGCCAAGCACUCGUCGGGGUCGUUGCGCCGCUCGCGCAAUCAGGCGUCGAGCUCGGCCGACUUCCUGCAGCCCAUCGCGUCGACGUCCUCCUCGUCGGUGUCGCUCGGCCUCGCCAACCGGGGCCGCACCGCGGCGGCCUCGGCCUUCUCCCGCUCCCACUCGGCCGACACGCCGUCGACCGCCGGUAGCAGCAGCAGCAGCCGGUCGGGUCCGCUCGACGCCAUCAUGGGCAGCCUGGGCGACGGCGGCGGCGGCAGCAGCAGCCUGGCACGGAGUGACAGCGUGGACCGGAUGGAGGUCGACGCGGGGUUGGCCGCCGCCGCCACCGCCAAGGCAGAAGGCGAGGACGAAGACGAAGACGAGGAGGCGCUGCUGCAGCGGGUGGGCCGCGAUUACGAGGAACAGGACAAGGCCCUCCAGGCCGCUUGGCGCAAGGCCUUCCCCAAGCUCGCCUCGCUCAACGAAAAGGCCAUCGCCUGCUCGGAGCGGCAGGGCCACUUGUUCUUGACGGUGGCGCGCUUGUGCUUCCACAGUCCGCAGUUCUCGACCAAGGUGGCCAUCCCGUGGAAUGAGGUCAUCUCCCUCCACCGCGACGGCGGCACCACCAUCCACGUCUUCUCGGCCUCGGCUGAAGAGCUGGUGUUCUCGGCGUUCGACGAGUACGAGGAGGGGUCGUCCGCCCUGUUCUUCAUGUGGCGCCUCAACAUCGACCAGCUGGCCACCCAGGUCAUUUCCGAAUACAACGCUUCGCUCCAUCUCGAUGAAGACGGCUUUGCCAACAUCAGCAGCGUGCCCGCUCUUCCCCCCAUGACGCGGGAGACGCUUAUCGCGCGAAUCGAAUGCGACAAGCACCGGACCAUAUUCCGCCUGCCCACCUCCGAACACCUCACCGCCGCCUACGCGGCGAGGCUGAGGCUCUCGACAGCGGCCUACCGUGAGGGCAUCCUCUACCUCAGCCUCAACUACCUGGCAUUCCACGCCUCCUACGCCGACAAGCGAUUCGUCGUGGUCAUCCCACUCGGCGAGGUCGUGGACAUCGUCAACAGCGGCUCUCGCCUCGUGCAAAUCACCACGCAACGCAACAGUGAGCGAAGGGCGGCAGCCUACCGGCAGUUCAUCCAGGCGUGGUCGCGCCUCGUGCACGCGGCCACCCACAGCGAUCAGCCCUCCUUCCUCCUCUCGCCCCCGGCUCCCCGGCUCACCAAUGAAUGGAUGGGCACGUGGGGCGGGGACGGGGGCGUGUGCAGGGACGAGAGCGGGGUGACGACGUAUGUGGGGGCGUCGACGUAUCUGGAGAGUCGGGACCAGUUCUCGGCCCACUACAAGAAGGCCCAGCGGAGGCAGCGCGCCCUGUGGGACCUCUACAUCGCCAAGAACGGGUGGGGCAUCGAAAUGAUCAAGACCCACGACCUCGCACCUCUCGUCAAGGGCGGCAUACCCGAUGAACUGCGCGGACCCGUGUGGCAGGUCCUGACGGGAUCGGUGUACCAGCACGCCACGUGCAAGGACGAGUACCGCCGCCUCCUCGACACCCACCGCGAGGAGGCCAGCCUGGCCACCGCCGAGAUCGAGCGCGACCUGCAUCGCAGCCUGCCGGGCCAUCCGUUUUACCAAAGCGAGGAGGGGAGGCAGAUGCUGCGCAACGUGCUCUCGGUCUACUCCUGGCGCAACCCCGACCUCGGCUACUGUCAGUCCAUGAAUAUCAUAUGCGCGGUGCUGCUCCUGUUCAUGUCGGAGGAGGAGGCCUUCUGGCUGCUCGCCAACGUGUGCGAGGAGCUCCUGCCCCAGUACUUCACCCGCGACAUGCUGGGUUCGAUCACCGACCAGCGGGUGUUCGAGGACCUGGUGGCCGAGCACGUGCCGCAGGUGGCCGAGCACUUCGAGAGACUGGAGCUCCAGCUGGCCCUCAUCUCCUUCCCGUGGCUCCUCUGCCUCUUCAUCGGCCACGUGCCCCUCCAGGCCACGCUGCACGUGAUGGACGUGCUCUUCUGCGAGGGUCCGGCCUCCACCUACCUCUUCAAGGUGGGGCUGAGCGUGCUGCAGCUGCACCACGACUGGAUCCUGGAGCAGACCGACUGUGCCCGCAUCAUUGCCGCCCUCAAGUGGGCGUCCAUCGAUCCCGAGGAGCUCGUCAAGGCGAGCGGGAACGACUUUGCGGGGGUGACGCCGGCCCGCAUCGAGGAGAUGCGCUCGUUCCACCGGCUGCAGGUGGUGAACGAGAUGCAGGUGAGCUUCCUCAACUUUGGGCAGAUGCUGCCGGACUUCUCCGCCACCGCCCACAAGCGCACCCCGGCGCCUCCCGGCGCCUCCCCGCGCACCAUGCUCGACGCCUCCGCCUCCGCCGCCGCCGACAGCGCCACCGCCACCGCCGCCGCCACCACGCCGCCUCCGGUCGAGAGUAGCGACGGACCGUCCCCGUCGGAGUCCCCACCGUGCGCCACCGGCGGGGUGGUGGAGCUGUCGCCGGCCAAGACCAAGACGCUGCGGCGGGGCAAGGGCACCACCGUGGGCGGCGUACGCUUCUCCGACUCGACCAUCUUCAAGGACCCGCCCCUCGUCGCCAUCCCCGAGGAGGAGGAGGACAAGGAGGAGAAAGCCGGCGACAAGGCGGCCAACCAGCCGGCGCCGGCGCCUCAGGCCCUCUCCGGCGCAGCAGCCCCCGAUGCCCAGCUUGACCAGCCGCCGCCGAUGCAGCAGCAGCAACAGCGCGACGACGACGGCGAGGCGGCCCAGCGGCUUGCGCCGGCCCACCAGUCAUCUGAUCAUGGAGCUUCGUCGCCGGGCGGCGAGGUGUCGACGAGGGCAACUGUGGCGCUGCUGGUCUCGUCGCCGCCUCCGUCGCCCGCGCCGCGCGUGCCCAAGCUGCAGCCGUUCUCGCCCCUGGGCAGCCCCGCCGCCGCCGGGGUCGUGUCGUCGGACCAGGUCCCGAUAUCGCCCCGCACGCUCGCCCUCUAUGCCUCCACCGGCCAGCGGCCCACCUCGCCCCGCGCCGUGGGGCGCGCCUCGCCCACGAGUCCUGCGGGCGUCGCCGGCGGAGCACGCCCCGGCGGCAGCGCGGCAGCGCGCGCAGGGCGAGCGCACAAGCGGAACAACUCGAACCACUACAUUCUGGACUACAUCUCCAUCUGCCAACAGCAACAGCAACAGCAACAGCAACAACAGCAACAGCAGCAGCAGCAGCCGGGCGGGCAGCAGCGCACGCCCACGACGCCGCUCCGGGGUGGCUUGAACGCGUCGAUCGGCGGACUUGGGUCGCCCCUCCGCGAGUCGCUGGUCACGGCCCGGUCCAGGUCGGGCGGCGGCCUCGGCGAGCAGCAGACGCCCCACACGCCCUCGCCCCUGUCCGCGGGGGACCUCCGCCGCACUCCCGCGCCCGCGCACCAGGACUGGGCCUCCCUCUCGUCGCCCGAGUGGUCCUCCUACCGUACGCGCCACCGGUUCGGCGAAGAACCGGCCGCCGCUGGCACCACCGCCUCCACCACCACCUCCACCACCAGCCCCACCACCAGCGGCGAAACGGCGGACCUGCUGAGGACGCCGCCCAGGGUCUACAGCCGGCUCCUGGCCUCCAUCAGCGAAACCGACCCCUUCGAGCCGAGCAAGAGGGACGGUGAUGAAGACGACGACGACGACGAUAACGAGGGGGAGGACGCGGUGGAAGAAGAGGAGGAGAGGGAGGAAGCUGAGGAAGCUGAGGAGGAGGAGGAGGAGGAGCUCGGGGUGGAGUACGUGCAGCGUCUGCUGCUGCGCAAGAACGAAGAACGGCGGGACAGCUCGGGCUCGCGCACGGAGCACCUGGCGCCGGCCCACUCGCGGCACGCCCGCAGCCCGUCGCUGCCGCCCAAGGUCCUCUACGCCCUCUCCACCCUCGCCGCCCCGCCCGCCCACUCCAUCAUCGAGGAGGACCUCAACUCUGGCCUAUCGCCCACGGACUCCCCGUCCUCUCCCCACCGCACCGGCGAAGACGGCGACGACGAUGAGAACAGUGGCCAUCAGCAGCAGUUGGCCAAGAACAAAAACAAGAAGAAGAAUAGCAAGAAGAGCAAGAAGACAAACCGCGUGGCUUCCCCGCGAGCGCCGCCGCCGGAUGACAAGAGCACGGACGCCCCGAGCCCACGCGAGACGCAAGACGACGACGACGACGACGACGCGACCCAGCAGUCGCAGCAGCUGUUGUCUUCUUCGGAGGGGGGCAAGGACGAGGCGGAGCCGGAGAAGAACAAGGACCAGACGAAGGACCAGAAGAAGGCGGACUCCAAGGAGGCUGCGCAGCCCAAGCCGGCCAAGGAGUCGACGUCGUUCCCGCUCAGCCCGCGCAGCUGGUUCUCCAGCGGCGGCGGCGGUGCAGCGGCGUCGUCGUCGUCGGACGCGACCGCGCAGCCCAAGAAGAAGGAGGGCUCCAGCUUCCUCCAGAGCUGGUUCGCUUCGGCGUCGGCGGACAAGGGAAAGAAGGACGAGAAGGAGAAGCAGAAGGAGAAAGAGAAGGAGCAGCCGGAGGAGAAGGAAAAGGAAAAGCAGGAGGCCAAGAAGGAGGAGCGAAGAGGGCCUCUCCUACGAUUGUUCAGAAGUGGACAGGCGUCGUAG